GAACCACUCGACAUAGGAGGGGACGUCUCGGAUCAAUGUCACCUCGGGGUGUGCAGCUGCAGAUUCAAGAUCGCCAUGUGGUGAUCGAUAACGGCAUAGUACAAGUAACAUUAUCAAAUCCAGGUGGAAUUGUGACUGGAAUUCGGUGCAAUGGCAUUGACAAUUUGCUUGAGAUAAUCAAUGAUGAAACUAAUAGAGGUUAUUGGGACGUUGUUUGGAAUGCAUUGGAUGGUUCAGGAAAAAGCGGCAUUUUUGAAGUGAUUAAAGGAACAAAAUUUGAAGUAAUAGUGGAAACGGAGGAACAAGUAGAGGUCUCAUUCUCAAGACCUUGGGACCCCUCCCUCCAGGGCAAGCUCGUUCCCCUUAAUAUUGACAAAAGGUUUAUACUGCUUCGCGGUUGCUCAGGCUUCUACUCGUAUGCCAUUUAUGAACACGUUGGUUUGCCAGAAUGGCCGGCUUUCAGCCUUGGCGAGACCAGGAUUGCAUUCAAGCUUAGAAAAGACAAGUUUCACUACAUGGCUGUGUCAGAUGAUAGGCAAAGAUUCAUGCCUUUGCCAGAUGAUCGGAUGCCGGGAAGAGGAAGGGCCCUGGCGUACCCUGAAGCAGUCUUACUUAUCAAUCCUGUAGAGCCUGAGUUGAAAGGACAGGUGGAUGACAAGUACCAGUACUCUUGCGAGAACAAAGAUCUCCGGGUCCACGGGUGGAUAUCUACAGACCCUCCUGCCGUUGGAUUCUGGCAGAUUACACCCAGCGAUGAAUUCCGGUCCGGUGGGCCCAUCAAACAAAACCUUUCCUCUCAUGUUGGUCCCACUUGUCUUGCUAUGUUUUUCAGUUCUCACUAUGCUGGGGAUGAUCUUACGCCAAAAUUCGGGCAGGGUGAGGCGUGGAAGAAAGUGUUUGGACCUGUUUUCAUUUAUCUCAAUUCUGCGAUGGAUGGAGAUGACCCUUUUACCCUUUGGGAGGAUGCCAAAAAUCAGAUGUUGGUCGAAGUCCAAAGCUGGCCCUAUAGUUUUCCGGCAUCAGAGGAUUUUCCAUCAUCGGAUCAGCGUGGUAGUAUUAGUGGGAGAUUACUAGUACGAGAUAGGUAUAUGAGCAAUGACUAUAUAUCGGCAAACGGUGCGUAUGUGGGGUUGGCACCUCCUGGAGAUGUUGGAUCAUGGCAGAGAGAGUGCAAGGACUACCAAUUCUGGACCAGAGCAGAUGAGAAUGGCUAUUUUUCCAUCAACGAUGUACGUACCGGUGACUAUAAUCUUUAUGCAUUUGUCCCUGGAUUCAUUGGUGAUUAUCGAAACGAUGUUCUUGUUACCAUAACCACAGGCUGUGACAUUGACAUUGGAGAUCUUGUAUAUGAGCCUCCUAGAGAUGGACCCACGUUGUGGGAAAUAGGCAUUCCUGAUCGUUCUGCUGCAGAAUUUUACAUUCCUGAUCCUGAUCCUGAGUACAUCAGCAGACUUUUUGUUGAUCCUCCUAACAGAUUUAGGCAGUAUGGAUUGUGGGAGAGAUAUGCAGAGCUAUACCCUGAUGGAGACUUAGUCUAUACAGUUGGCAUCAGUGAUUAUAAAAAAGACUGGUUUUUUUCUCAGGUCACCAGGAGAAAAAGUGACAACACAUACCAAGGAACUACUUGGCAGAUCAAGUUCAAUCUCGACAACGUGGAUCAGAGUGGAUCCUACAAACUGCGAGUGGCAGUAGCAUCUGCAACUCUUGCUGAAUUACAGGUUCGUGUUAACGAUCCAAACACAAACAACCGUCCACUCUUCUCAAGCGGACUAUUUGGAAGGGACAAUGCAAUUGCUCGACAUGGCAUCCAUGGGCUUUACUGGUUGUACAAUGUGGAUGUUGCGAGCGGUCUAUUGGUGAAAGGGGAUAAUACCGUUUACUUGACACAACCGAGGAGUCAGAGCCCUUGGCAGAAUAUCAUGUACGACUACAUUCGUUUAGAAGGUCCCCCGUCUGACAGUCCAAAGAAAGACACUUUGAUUUCACUCUCAUGAGAAGCUGAAUCGGGAAAUUGUUAGGGACCUGUUUGGAUCAUUUUUUUUUCACUGCAUUAUUAUUACAUACAGAGGCGAAACUAUGUUGGCACCGAUGGUUCUACUACCCAUUUUGGAAAAAUCUAUACAUAUCCAAUAUAUAUUAAUACAUAUGGUUUGAAAGUUGAUGAUA